GGGGGGGGGGGGGGGGGGGGGGGACUAGAGGCCUGCCCAGUCCACAUUACGGCGUACACAUCAUCAGUGGGGUAGACAUUGGGAAUUGCGUAAGGACAAGAGGCAGGCUUGCGUCGGGUUGUGGCCUUCAGCAACGUCGGCCAUUUGCCUGACAGCUAUUGUGCGCUGUCGAACAGGAACGAUCGGUCGCUUUCUUCACCUCUAAAGUCCUUCAAGAUCCCGACCUCGAUGAUAAUUCUGUUCGCAUCUUAUGGCGCCUAUCUGCAUUACUCCACCAUCUACUCAACAUCGGGGCAGACGUGAUGGCCUCCGGACUCAAAUGCGGAAAGACAGCGUCAGACGGGAGUGAGGGUUCCCCAUCAUCAUGAGGAGAGGAGGUGGAUGGGGGCAGUAGCUGGUUGCAGUCGUUAUGUUGCUGUUGUCGUGAUUAUUUGGCCGGUCCGGUGCCGAGGUAUGCAGCCACAAAGGUGCGUACACCACCAGUCUGCCCUCUUCAUUUCGAGGUCCUUUGCCUCCCUUUGCAUGCAUGCAGAUUGGCGCCGGGCACUAAUACCCAAGCUAUCCGUACCUGUGACUGCUUUUGAUUGCGGCUUGCCUUUUCGGCAAACGAUGCCGUGUCCCUCGCCCUUGCUAGGUAGCACCGCGCGGCCAGUAACUCGCCGUGGGUAGACGAGAGAUGAAACCUUGGACUAGGAAUGCCUUUUGUGGCUAGCCGCCAACCAUGUGUCCGGUAGCAGCCAGGUAGGGUCAUGAAGAUAUCGGCUUGGAAUGUGGCAGCUCUAGCAACGACAAGUGGGACAUUCCCGGUUCCAACGACUGUCGACGACGGGAGGGACGCGGGCGCUGGUGCGGAGCGGUAACCAUUCGAGCCACGAACAGCGGCCACACGCGGCACAGCUGCGGUGGAAAGGGAGGCCAAUCCUUAUGUGUAGCUCGUGGUCUAGGUAUGCAUAGAUAUAUACAAGACGGAUAAAUAUACGGGCUACGGGGAAGAGUGUACGGUAUUCAGUUGCACCGGGC